AUGUACCAGGGAUAUUGCGCUGGAAAAGAUACAGCUGUAGUACCAACUGUAACCCAAGUGGAUUCGCAGACCAUCACGCAGACCACCACGCAGACUAUUGUAGGAGCUACUAAGGUCGUGGAACUCACAGCGCCACAAACCGAUACAGUCGUUAAAACCAUCAGCAUUAUUACAAACACAGUCACAACGAGUACAGCUAGCGUUGUUACGGUGGUUAUAUAUUCGGCCAUUACGACAACGCUGAAUGGUACAAGUCUCGAAGAAUUAGCAAGCCAGUGGAAGGGAUCAAGGGGACUGCAGACAGGCGAUAAAGUUGCAAUUGCAAUCGGUGUAAUAGCAGGGGUUUUGUUACUAGUAGCGUUGCUGUAUAUUGUGGUGCUGCAAACUCAGAACAUGAUGAUGAAACAACAGUUGAAUUCUUAUCGCGAGCCCCAACUUGGCGGGAUCCAAAGGCCGAUAUCGAUGUUUGAUAGCUAA